UAUUAACAGAGAAUAUCAGUUGUCAUGGCAAAAUGUAAGGCUGCUACAUGCGUAAUUUCAUUUAUGGGAUUCCAUUGACUGUGGUCAUAUAAAUGACUAGGUCGUUGAGACCACAGAGAAGGAACAUCAGACCAGCUGUAUAGACGCAUCUCACUGGGAUUAUUGGAUUCUACCACCGGGCGUACUUCAGACACUCCAGUAACAGACAUUGCCAGCAUGUGUUCUGGGGGUUGUGCAAAAUGCCUGGGCAUUGCCUUGAUUCCCUUAGCUAUUUUAUGUAUUCUUGCCAACAUUCUGCUUUUCUUUCCUGGCGGGAAGAUUGCCGAGAGCAAUGAGCACAUCUCAAAUGAAGUCUGGUAUUUUGGUGGAAUAUUGGGAUCUGGGGUUCUGAUGGUGUUCCCAGCUCUUGUAUUUCUCGGGCUGAAGAAUAAUGACUGCUGUGGAUGUUGUGGAAAUGAGAAAUGUGGAAAGAGAUUCGCUAUGUUUUCUUCUAUACUAUUUGCUGCCAUUGGGUUUGUUGGAGCUGGCUACAGCUUUAUCAUCUCUAUAGUUGGAAUACAUAACGGUCCAAAGUGUGAUAUAGGUUCUGGAAACUGGACAUAUGCUUUUAAUGGGGGAAAUUACCUAGGGCACCCUGAUAUAUGGAGUACAUGUCAAGCACCUAAGGACAUAAUCCCAUGGAACCUGACACUGUUCAGCUUGCUAAUGAUAAUGAGCGCAGUUCAGGCGGUUCUCUGUGCCAUUCAAGCAAUCAAUGGUCUUAUUGGGACUUUUUGUGGAGACUGCAAAUGUUCUUCAUGCUGUGGGGGUGAAGGACCUGUUUAAAUUUGCCUGAAUAACUGUAGUAACCGUGUACCUCUCAUACAAGGAUAUCAAAGGAUGAAGAGCAUGUUUACCGCACUGACUGAAUAUCUUAUCCCGCCUGAUCACAGCGCAGGGUCACUUACUUUGGUUUGCUUUAGAUUUCUUAAAAUCCUUGAGGGACUCUUUGGAGGGAUCCAGAGGUUCCUGUGCACUGGUACCUGCUCAGUGUAAUGCACACACUCAGGAGUCCUCAUAUUCAUGGCUCCCCGGCGCUGAUUGUCACCUUUUUCCCUAUACACAGGGGGUAGCUGCAGACCAUGGAUAUGAGGACUCCAGCGCUCAGGUCCCACUGGAGCUUCUCAACAGGGAUUUUAAGAAAAGUAUGACAUAAAAAAGAGUAAGUGACCUUGUGCCCUAUAAAAAUAAGACAGUAGAAUAGUCCCACCUUAAAGGGAUUGCAUCACCUGUAAUUAAAGCCAGAUACUGAUAAAUAACCUUUCUUUCUAAUCUGUUUUAAAUUUCUGAUUGGAGAUUUUUUUUUUUAACUUAAAGCUGUAUUACUCCAACAGAUUGUCUGACCAAUAUCUGUCCAAUCAGACCAAUAGUUGGUGUGUAUAACAAUAGAUCUGUUUGUGUAA